GGCAUGUUUCUAUCAGUCGCCGCCAGGGACGGCCAGAGUUCGGUCCGUAUUUCGUGGUCGCUCGUUGUGCUGUAUAAAUGUAAGGCACGCAACAAACAGCGCCCUCGUUAGGAAAAAGCAAAAAAAAAAAGAAGGGAGGCCAAAGUUUUUAUAUCCCAGUGUCUGCAGUGUCCAUGAAUUUUGUUCUCAAGUGUGAAACAAAGGAAUAUUUUCCUCUGUGACUUUAAGUCUUCAGGUGGUAUACAAAUGAUAACAAACCGCAGUGAUGGCUAUUGGUUGAUGUAAUCUCUACACGUAGUUCCAGUACAAAAAUUAAAGCCAAAAACAACAAUGGAUUCGAAAUCGUUGCCGCUGAGUCGACUCCAGUCGAAUUUAACGUGCUCGAUCUGCCAGGGCUACCUGAUCGACGCCACGACCAUCACUGAGUGCAUGCACACCUUUUGCAAAUCCUGUUUGCUGCAACGAGUCGAGAGUGGAAGGACGUUUUGCCCGCGGUGCGGGAUUCAACUGCAACGGUCUCGUCUGGGCGAACAACUGAAGCUGGAUCAUGCCGUUCAAGCUUUGGUCUACGCUGCCGUUCCCGGUUUGUGGCAAGAAGAACAGCGCAGGCGCAAGCACUUCGUCGAUCAUCAUCCUUUGUCAACUUCGGUGGCCCCUCCGCUACAACACCCGACCUGCUUCUCGCCGUCUGACCCCAUCUCCCUCUCGCUCGACUUCAUACCUCAGUCGCGCGAAGAGGAUUCCAACCUUAACCUGAAAGGCCCUUGUUCACCUCAGACGAUUGGUAGGCGUUUCUUUCGCUGUCCGGCUGCUGUUGCUGUUCACCACUUUCAGAAGCUCCUCAGCCUAAAAUUUGAACUUCCACCUCAUUAUACUAUUGAGAUUCACUGCCAGGGAGAAAAAUUAGCGUCUUCUUUCAGACUGAUGGAUGUCGCUUACAAAACGGGUUGGACUCAGGAGGAGCCACUGCGCUUAGAGUACAAAAUUGUUAAAAAUCCGGCUAGCAAAGCGACAGUGUUAAUUUCCGGAAGCACUGCCGAACACGUCACUCAAUCUAAUCGGUGUCACAGUAGAACGUCGUCUACAGAAUUCAGUGGCAAAACUACCACUGGUGUUAAACGUUCAUCCGCACCUCCGCCAUCUACUCCGGCCAAACAGCAGAAAUUGUCUAUAUCCAUCAAAAAGGCUGCGUUGCAAAAUAAUGCGGAAGAAGUUGUCCAUCGUUCGCCUAUGAAAUCGCCCCAAGAACACGUCAACAAGAAAAAGAGCGGCCGGAAGAAGCGGAAAAGACGGAAAACGAUGGAUUUAAUUCCGAUCAUGGAACCCAUGUACCCACUCAAAGUUAAAAUAGUUGAAAGAAUGAAAUCACCCGAGUAUUCGUGGCCCCGACCUAACGGCGUCGAACUUCUCGUUCAAGCGGCGGAAUUGGCAUCGCGUCAGAAUCCCACUCCGCCGCCGGAAUCUGAAAAAACGGAUGCACCCAAUAGUCCGCCUCCAUUGCUUCCGAUAUGCAAUAGUGAUACGGUGAAUAACAAUAGCAAACCAACGUGUCUCGAGAAAGAAAUUGCGAAAGAAGAUACUCCGCAAUUGACCGGAAUGGCGGAAGAUGAUUUGGAAGAAGACGACAAGUUGUUGAUGGUCGACGAAACGAAUUUGAACAGCAGCAAUGGAAGAGAUUCCGGAAUGGCUAAUGAUGAUGAAGAGGAUGAUUCGGCUGGAGCGUUGGAUCUUUCGGCUAAAUCAUCGCGGUAUUCUCCUCCAGAUGAAUCAAGUAGCAAAACGCAAAGCAAAUCCGUUUCGCCUCCGUUCAUCCAGCAGCGAUCCACCGCGCUUCAUUCGAUCACUGACAGCUUAGCUGAAAGGCAACAACGCAUCCAGCAACAGCAACGCCGUUUACCUACCCAUCAUCCGGAAGCCAUGAGGAAUUUGGUAACGUUGUCUCAGACGGCCGCGUUAGUUCCGCCGCAUCCGCAGCAAGUAGCCACUCAGCGGCUCAUUGUAGCGUCGUAUAUGCAUCAGUUCGCGGCUGCUGCGGCCGCUAGAGCCGCAUCCGCACCGCUACGCCCUCCUAAACCCCCUCAACCGAGUAAGUCCCUAACCCACGGGUUGUUACGGCGUCCAUUCUGAUUUGCUCUCCUAUGUAACUCACUCGCCAGUGCAUAAUUUCUAUUUUUGCGUCAUCUUAUAUAGCCUAUUUGAAACAGUUUCAUGUCCUCCAUUUUUGUUUUCUUGUCAGAGUGCGUUGUUAGGUUUAUUUCUUAAUUUAUAAACAAGCCGCUGUAUAAAAGUGCUAUAGAGAGUUAUGGUUCAAAGUGUGAUGGAAUUCUUUUUUUGGCUUAGUUUUGUCGGAGGUUGUUGUUGUCUCUGUCCACUAUGACGUAACGUUUAUGCGUUUUCCUCCUACAAGAAAGCUUUUUUGAUGAUCCUAUUUUUCUGUUUCUUGUUUAUUAUUUUUUUUACGUGUUUUUGUUUUUGUAUGGAAGAGUAUGCUAAUACCAAAAAAUGUUGCAAAAUAAAUGGUUAUGACGUCA